AUGACGACGGCGCACAAUGCUCCCAAACUGCCGUCGAAGCAGCUGGCGAUUCUCGCCGUGGCAAGAUUUGCCGAGCCGCUUGCGAUGACAUCCGUUUAUCCCUAUCUACCAGAGAUGAUUGCGAGCUUUGGUGUUGAGAAGAAGGACAUUGCUAAAUGGGCCGGUCUCACCAGUGCCGUGUUUUCGCUAGCCCAGAGCAUUACAGCCGUGCCGUGGGGAAGGGCUUCCGACCGAUUUGGGAGAAAACCAGUCAUUAUGACCGGACUGCUGUGCACAAUGGUGUGCUUCUUAAUAUGGGGGUGUAGCACGUCGCUCACCAUGGCUAUAAUUGUUCGAGCAGUCCAAGGGGCGUCCAACGGAAAUGUCGGUAUCAUCAGGACCAUGGUGGCCGAGAUGGUUCCACAGCGGGAACUUCAGCCAAAGGCCUUCUCCAUCAUGCCGCUUGUUUGGAGCAUCGGGUCUAUCUUCGGUCCUGCAUUUGGAGGCUUCUUUGCCAACCCGGCGACGCAGUUUCCGGACGUAUUUGGAAACAGUACUUUCCUCAAGAAAUUUCCUUUUGCAUUGCCUAAUAUUAUGGGAUCUCUGAUCUUCUUGCUGUCCCUGACAGUUGGCACCCUUUUCCUGAAGGAGACGCUGGAAAGGAAGCGUCACGUUCGUGAUUACGGCCUGGUUCUAGGCGAGCGCCUGAUGGCCCCCUUUACCAAACAAAACCACCAUCACCACCACCAUCACCACAGGCGAUAUUCGUUCCAGGACGACGAGAUGACUGCUCCGCUUCUAGCAGCCAACAAUGACCACCACGCUAGACAGAGCCACGACCACGAAGCGAAGACGGACGUGCCGUCGUCGCCGUCGAUGAAGGCAGUUUUCACGCGCCAGACUGUGAUCAACCUGGUCUCGUACACUUUCCUAGCGUUGCACAGCGUGGCCUACGACCAAGUGUUAUCCGUGUUCCUCAACUACCCCCGCCAACACCACGACGCGUCCAACACACACCUCCCCUUCCUUUUCUCAGGCGGCUUCGGCCUCAACUCGGGCCGUAUUGGCACCAUCUUCACGCUGUACGGCAUCAUAUGCGGCCUCAUCCAAUUCAUUCUCUUCCCGACGCUGUGCAGCUACUUCGGCGUGCUGAACUGCUUCCGCGGCUGCGCCGUCACUUUCCCCAUCGUAUACGUCCUGACGCCCUGCACGACGCUCAUUGAGGACGAGACUCUCCGGUUCGCGGCCUUACUGGCAGUUUUGAUCGUCAAGGCGUUUGCUGUUAUCGUGGGGUUUCCGUGUACUACGAUCUUGCUCACAAAUAGCGCGAGUAGUCUGAGUAUCCUGGGUACGCUCAAUGGCUUUGCGACGAUGUUUUCCGCGCUGGGAAGGGCGGCGGGACCGGCUAUGACGGGCGCCGCGUUUACUUGGGGGGUUAAGCGGGGCGCUAUUGCGGUACCUUGGUGGAUUUUGGCGGCUAUUGCCAGCGUGGGCGCUAUUCAGGCGUGGCAGAUCGAGGAACAGGAUGGGCCGUCUCGCGCCGCUGAUUCGGAUUCGGAUUCGGAUUCGGAGAUGGAGAAUGGAGAUGAGGAUACCGCGCCUACGGCACGGGAUGAUCUCCCGCUUUUGGGAAGUACGAAGAGCUCCAGUAGGGGUUUGGUGGAUUAUGGGAGUAUGACGAGGCAGUCUUCGGACAGGCGGUAG